AUGAUGGAAAAAAAUUCAUAAAAAAUAUUUAAAAUCUUAAUUUUAUAAAAUGUAAAAGCUGGUAUAUAAAACUUGCUUUUUAUAAAUUUUUCUAAUUAAAUUGGCGAUGAAGAUACAUCAAGCUUAGGUUCUGCUUUAGCAAAUUGCAUUAAUCUCUCAAAUUUGACACUUAAGCUUGGUUCUAAUUAAAUUGGUGCAAUUGGUGCAUCAGGCUUAGGUUCUGCUUUAGCAAAUUGCAUUAAUCUCUCAAAUUUGACACUUGAGCUUGGUAAUAAUUAAAUUGGUGAUGAAGGUACAUCAAGCUUAGGUUCUGCUUUAGCAAAUUGCAUUAAUCUCUCAAAUUUGACACUUAACCUUAGUGAUAAUUAAAUUGGUGAUGAAGGUACAUCAAGCUUAGGUUCUGCUUUAGCAAAUUGCAUUAAUCUCUCAAAUUUGAGACUUGACCUUGGUUGGAAUAAAAUUGGUUAUUAAGGUACAUCAAGCUUAGGUUCUGCUUUAGCAAAUUGCAUUAAUCUCUCAAAUUUGACAAUUAACCUUAGUUGGAAUAAAAUUGGUGAUGAAGGUACAUCAAGCUUAGGUUCUGCUUUAGCAAAUUGCAUUAAUCUCUCAAAUUUGACACUUAACCUUAGAAACAAUUAAAUUGGUGCAGUGGGUGCAUCAGGCUUAGGUUCUGCUUUAGCAAAUUGCAUUAAUCUCUCAAAUUUGAGACUUGACCUUGUUAACAAUUAAAUUGGUGAUGAAGGUAUAUCAAGCUUAGGUUGUGCUUUAGCAAAUUGCAUUAAUCUCUCAAAUUUGACACUUAACCUUAGGUCUAAUUAAAUUGGUGCAAUGGGUGCAUCAGGCUUAGGUUCUGCUUUAGCAAAUUGCAUUAAUCUCUCAAAAUUGACACUUUACCUUGAUUUUAGCUCACUGGAUGAAUCAUAAAAGUUCAAAGUAUUAAGCAAGUUUCUUAAAUCAAAAAGAUUAGUUUUCUUUGGUUUCUCAUGAUAGACAACUGGUGAAAAAAGGAUGAAUAAAUAUAAAAUGUUUGAAUAUUAUUAUAUAUUUUAUUAUAUAAUAUUUUGAAAAAGUGUUUUUAACCUAAAAUAUAAUAGAAUAGAUAGAUUUUAUUAUUGAUUUUAUAUUUAUAAAUAUCAUUCAUAUUUUUGUAAGUAAAUAAAUUAUUUAUAAAAUAAAAAAAUUAAAUUUACUUAAAUAAAUUAAAUC